ACUACUACUACAAUACAUAGCUCCACAUCUGUUAAAAUGGAUACAAGUUUGCAUGAGUCUAGCCCCCAGCGAGGAGGCAGCCCAAACUCUGGGAUGAGCCCACAUUUAGGAAGCACCCCCAGUCCUGGAUCUCGAAGUCGACCUGAUUCAGGCGUUGGAUCAAGCCCAAUAAAUAAACCAACCAUAAAAGAUUGUACAACUGACAAGAAAGAGCAAAACAACAUAGAAGCAGAUCCCGGUAAGAAGAAAGAACAUGAAGAAAAGGUGAGAAAAGCCCGUGAGGAACAGGCCCAGGAGCGGGCGAGAAAACUCCGUGAAUUGCGCGAGGCACAAAAAGCUGCGAUGGAGUUUAGAGAUAAGCAGCAAACAGAACGAAGAAAGAAAAUCGAAGAGAUGAAACGUAGAGAUGACUCACGGCGACAAGCUGUUGAGGAGAGACGGAGGAAAGUUGAAAAGGAAGA